GGGACUUUUGCAGGGGAACGCAGUGUUCAGACACACACACGCGCACACACGCACACGGUUUAGUCGGCGCUGUGAACAUGGCUGCGAGAGGACGUUUAUGAAUAGGGUUCAUUGGCGACGAAAAAGGAAGGUGUGAAACAACCGACAGUAUCUUUUGAUAUAGGAAUUUAUUAAAGAAUUACUUCAUAGGAAAGGGAUACAUGUGACUUUCUUCAUACUUAAAACAUUUUUUUCGUGGAUUUGGAAGAUUUGGCUAUCUCUCGAUAUCUUCAAAGAUGCUGCUUUCCAAAUUCGGAUCUUUUUCCCAUAUUUGCGGCACGACCAACAUUGACCACUUGCCAGUAAAAAUUCAGCUCCAGUCAGCUAAAGUGGAAAAGGAGCAGUUUGAUAAAGUGUACCAUGUGGGCCCGGUACUGGGAAGCGGCGGGUUCGGGACUGUGUACGCUGGAAGUCGCAUUUCAGAUGGUUUGCCGGUUGCUGUUAAACACGUGGCCAAAGACAGAAUCACCGAAUGGGGCACAGUUAACGGUUCACUGGUUCCGCUGGAGAUCGUCCUGAUGAAGAAAGUGGACAAUACAUUUCAAGGUGUCAUUAAAUUGAUCGAUUGGUACGAGAGGCCGGAUGGGUUUUUGAUCGUCAUGGAGCGGCCGGAGAUGGUUAAGGAUUUAUUUGACUACAUUACGGAAAAGGGCGCACUGGAUGAGGACACGGCCAGGGGAUUUUUCCGUCAGGUCCUGGAGGCUGUGCGACAUUGUUACAGCUGCGGUGUGAUCCACCGCGACAUUAAAGACGAAAACCUGCUCGUGGAUUUGCGCACGGGAGAUCUGAAACUCAUCGACUUCGGCUCGGGCGCCAUUCUCAAGGAUACCGUGUACACUGACUUCGAUGGUACAAGGGUCUAUAGCCCACCAGAAUGGAUUCGCUACCACAGGUACCACGGACGCUCCGCAACAGUCUGGUCACUUGGUGUGCUGCUAUACGAUUUGGUAUGUGGAGACAUACCAUUUGAGCAUGACGAUGAGAUUUUGAAAGGUCGCCUGUUCUUCAGAAGGACAAUCUCCCCUGCUUGUCAGCAACUUGUCAAGUGGUGUUUGUGCUCGAGACCAUCAGACAGACCUACGUUGGAACAAAUAUUUGAACAUGAGUGGAUGCAUACAAAGAAAGACUCAAAAACUCUGACAAGGGACAUCACUCUUCAUGCAAUCUGUACAGACUCCUCAUCCAGCACAAGUUCAAGCAAAGAAAGCCUCUGACAGAACAAAUACUGACAUCAUUUUUGGCCCAUAAUCGUUUUGACUUGUCUUUAAUUUUACUAUAAAUAAUUUUUUCUGUCUUUUUAUUUUUAUUUUGAAUUGUUUUAACACUAAUGGGAUGUGCAAAUGCAGUAAUGCUAGCAACCCCAUGGCCAUACUCUUUGCUCUUAUAGAGCUUAUUAUUUGAAUUUAGUUAUAACUGUUACUAGUGCCUUUUUCUUACAUAGAAAGCUGCUUGGUGGGACAAUAAAAACUUUUUUUUUGCUCCCUCGCCCCCUUGUGGUGGACUAUAUUCUACCUUUUCACCACAUCCCACACGCAUCAUUCAGAGACCCCCUACUUCUAUUCCACUAUUCCAUGGUAGAUACCUUAGUAAAUUGCACAGUCAAUGCAAUAUAAUAGAUUUUUACUUUUUUUUUUUUAAUACAAGUAUUUGUAUUUAUUUAUAUUCACGCCCAUUUGUUAUUUAUUCGAAUAAAACAAACAUUCCACAUUCUGUGGCUAUUUAUUUAUUUAUUUAUUCAUUUUAUACCAUCAGCUAAAAGAAAAUAAUGCUUGAGUUGAUACCCUUGCCUUAUCCUGUAGUAAAUUAGAAUAUAUGUGAAUAAACUACGCUUGUCUUAUAUUGGUACACAUUUAAGUGCUGAAGUGGUUGCAUUCUAAUGUACCUUGACUGUAGAGGCCAUCAUCUGUUUUCCACGCUAGAUGAGAGUAACAUUGUAGUUCAUGCUUCCACUGUGACUGUCGAUUUCUCCUGAGUUUAUUUUUUUAAAACAAUAAAUUAUUUAAUCUGAAA